CAACGGCCGGGUGGCAGCGGCGCGCCGAGGAAGCGGCCAAUAGCCGGGCCGGGCCCGCCCGGCUCCCCGCCCCGCUUUGCUGGAGGGAGGGCGGAGCAGCGGGAGUUGGGGAGGUCGCGCCUGGCGGCUUUUUAGAGGAAAGCCAAAGGCGGCGGGAGGCAGCAGAGUCGCCUGCGGCUGGGCCCUGGUGCGUUCCCUUGCUCCGGCUGCUGUGGUCGCUGCCGCCACCUUCUCCGCCUCCUCGUGAACAGCGUCUACCUCAAGGCAGCUCCCGACGCCUCCUGCCUACCUGAAGGGCAAGGAAAGAGCUGACAAGCCAGAGAAAUAUAAAACAGGGCAGCCUCUGCGGAAGGUGGGAGAAGUUGGCUGGAAGUGAGCGGCACGCGCAAAGCCCACCCAACUCGCCGCGGAGUCUUUCGCCGCCUCCUUUUUUGUACUUUUCCUUUCUUUUCCGCCACCGCCACCAGCAGCCCUCGCUUGCGCGGGGCUUGUAGCUAGAGGAGAGCGGCAUCUUUUUGGAAGAUGCACACGACGCAGAAAGAUACCACGUACACCAAGAUCUUCGUCGGGGGUCUCCCCUACCACACCACGGACUCCAGCCUCCGCAAGUACUUCGAGGUGUUCGGGGAGAUCGAGGAAGCCGUGGUCAUCACCGACAGGCAAACGGGCAAAUCCCGGGGAUACGGAUUUGUAACCAUGGCUGACAGAGCUGCUGCUGAAAGGGCCUGCAAAGAUCCUAACCCAAUCAUUGAUGGCAGAAAGGCUAAUGUGAACCUAGCGUACCUAGGAGCAAAACCAAGGAUAAUGCAGCCAGGUUUUGCCUUUGGUGUUCAGCAGCUCCACCCAGCAUUAAUACAGAGGCCUUUUGGGAUCCCUGCUCAUUAUGUAUAUCCACAAGCUUUUGUGCAGCCAGGAGUAGUCAUUCCACAUGUCCAGCCUACAGCAGCUGCUGCCUCCACCACACCUUACCUUGACUACACUGGAGCCGCAUAUGCUCAAUAUUCAGCUGCAGCAGCAGCUGCUGCCGCUGCAGCCUAUGACCAGUAUCCCUACGCAGCAUCCCCAGCUGCUGCAGGAUAUGUCACAGCCGGGGGUUAUGGCUAUGCAGUCCAGCAACCAAUCACUGCAGCGGCACCUGGGACAGCUGCAGCAGCUGCUGCUGCUUUUGGCCAAUACCAGCCACAACAGCUGCAAACAGACCGUAUGCAAUAGCGGAUGGACUUGUGAAGAAAGUUCUGUUUCUUACUCUUCCUAUCUUUUUACCUUCAAGCCUUCCAGUAGAAAUAGUUACAAAAAGAGGCAAUUAACCUUAACCAAUCCAGCUUUAAGGAAAGCUGCAAUGCAAUAGUGUAUUACUACAAAAACAGAUUCCGCUGUCUUUGUACAGCAUGCAUCCAUAUCAUGGGUGGUAUUGUGGGGUGGGUAUCGUAAUAUCAGUCCAAGCAUCAUCCCUAUCAUGAAAGGAUGGCAGAAGUAACAAAAAGAAGCUUAUAUUUAAAACAAAACAAAAAACCAGUAAAAGAUGCAUUUUACAUUAUCAGGGAAAAAAGUCCAGGUGAGCAAUAUGUAGCCUGUAUCAAGUUGAAGAUGACUAUUAUUUAAAUGUUGAAAGCACUGACUGUCAUUACUACUUUUCAUUAUGGCCUACAGAACUUUGUUUGAAUGAGUAAGAAAAAUGCUUUCUGACUAUCUCUUAAUGGGCAUCGAACAAACUAGGGAACGUGGCCUUUUUGCGGGGGGGUUGGGGGGAAAAGGUGGACAGGCACCAAAGUUAUUUUCUCAUCUGUCCUCUGUGUGAAUGGGACUAUGGAGCAAGUGAUGUGGAAUUAAUGGGCGCAACAGCUGUACAGACAAUCAAUAACACAGACCGAUCUGGAAAGAACACAUCACUUGUGCUCGUUUGAUGAGCUUGUCACAUUCUAAUCCCUCUCUCCAUCCUGUUUCACUUUUAGGAAACUUUGACUGCUGGUGUCAGCUAUUCUGAUUCUGAAAUAGGAUCAGCUCUUUACUACAGCAGCCUUCUCCUUUUAUUUAUUGUAUCUAUUCAUGGCUUGCGAAUAAAGGCAGGAAGAAAUUUGCUGAAUUUAAACCUUUAAGAACUGUGUUAAGGGAAUUUUUAUUUUAUUUUUUGGAAAUGAUUUAUAUACAAUUUAAUACCUAUUUAAAAUAUUUAUUGGGAAAAAAGCAUAGGUCUCUCAUGAGACUGCUUGUUGAGAUUGCAGUUCUUCAAGGGUUAAUGCUAAGUGGGUUAUAUUGUGCCUUAAUUGUAAUGCUAUUUAAAGAUAUAUUUAUUUUGAAAGUUGUACUAUGCUGCACUCUAAAGAAAACAACUUUAGAUGUGAAACUGUAAAAUUAUGUAUUCAUCUCAUGGUAUAAGUUAUUUAGUAGGUUUAGCUAUAGUGUACGAAAUAUUAACCUAAUCAACUAAAAUGCUGACAUGGGUUUAUUUAAAUUCUGUUGGUACUCUUUUUAUAAGGGUACUUUCAAUACUUUUUUUUUUUAAGGUUUUGAUCUUAAAAAUGCUAGUUUCAUGCUUUUCCCACGAUCACUUUAACCAUAAACCUUUUUUCUUGGAAGAAAGCUCUUGAUUUCAGUGGAACUUUCCCCCAAGAAAUCAAGAAAUCCUUUGUUUGGCAAAGGAUUGGGUUAUAAAGCUAUAAUACUCUACACACUUGCUCAGGAGUAAGGCCCAAAUAAUGCAUUACUGUUGUGCUGAUAGGAACUGUUUCUGUGGUCUGGCCAAGCACCUCACCAAUAAUGCCUGCAAAUGGGAACCAUGUAGAUCAGGUGAGUGAUGUGGGAAUUGACCAUGUGACUGUUACAAUGUGAUGGGUUCCUAAUUCUAGAAAGUGUUGGUAACACACAGGACUGGGCAACACAGAAACAACUCCCGGGUCACAGGGGUAAUAUGUAAAUGGGACUAAGUCCCUUUCCUCUGAACUUAAUGAGACUUAGUUCGAACUAGAUAAAUGGAAUACUGAAUCUGAAGCUCCAUUUUUAGAUGUGCUAUGUGGAAAUAAACUCCCAUGAAAUUAUCCACAUAGUGUGUUAUGGGUAGGUUGUCAGAAUUUCCUCCUAUCAAAAAAGGGGUAGGUUUUUUUUCCACUUUUCAUCUCUUUGUAGAACAACUUUUAUUCCUUUGCUAGGAAACGCUGCUUUACAUUGUCCUGUGAAACUGCAAUAACUUGCAAUUUUUAUUCUUGACCUAAAAAAGGAAUUUAAUAUUUUACACUGUAUUGGAAAUCUUUUUAUACUUGAACAAUUUCGUACAAGGGAAGACAGGAUAGCAUUUUUAUGGACUUUAUCCAAUGUCACUGGAUUUAUUUUAAGUAUUUUGAGUACUAGCCAGUGUUAUAUAAGGUAGAUAACAUGACUCUCAUGUGCAUGUUAUUUAUUAUGUAUAUUGCUUUAUAAUGUUUCAAAUCUUCUAAUCUAUACACUUGUAUUAAAAAAAAUAAAAAUAUUGUUGAAUCCAA